UGUUACACAAAUUACCAAAUUUUAACAUGUUUUGUAUACAUCAAAAGAGCAAUUGAAAACCACUUUCAAUUAAAAAAACGACAAACGAAAAGAACAUUUGAAUCAUUUUGAGUUAUUACAAAAUCAAGAGUGAAGCUGCAGCCAAAACUUUUGAGGGCUUGCUAUGCAAUGUUAUAAACUAGCCAGCAGGCGCAGCUUAUACAAUGCAACGGCACUCAAGGCGGAACUGACGGGACUGCAACAUGGCAGCCACUAUGAUUUUUGUCACAAUCUGGAGGCAGCCAAGCGCAAGUCUCAAAUUGUGGUCAUAGGUGCUGGCAUUGCUGGACUCUCCGCCGCACAGCAUCUCUUAGCCAAUGGCUUUCAGAGUACCAUAGUGCUAGAGGCCACCGAACGCUAUGGCGGGCGCAUAAGCUCUAAGCGCUUUGGCGAUACUUACUGUGAACUGGGCGCCAAAUGGAUUAACAUCGAUGGCUCACACGACUCCAUGUACGAGCUGCUAACCAAAGCCGAGGGUUUAACCAAGCAACUUAAGCAGCCCAUGUGCGUAAGCUAUGUGCAACCUGGUGAAGAGCGUCAAGUGCCCGCUGGCAUGGUUCAAUUAAUAGACACACUGUUUAGGCAGCUCUGUCGUGGCUUUAGAGUGCGCGACAGAAUCAAAAGCGGCACUGAUCUGCAGUCACUGGACAACGUGAUGAGCUAUCUGCAGGCGGAGAGCGUUAAGCUCAUACAGUGCUCUUUCCAGCAGCCCGACGAGCAGCAGCUGGCGCGUGAAAUCUUUCAGUCGCUCUUCAAGGAGUUUAGCAGCAUACUAGGCUGCUGUCUGGAGUAUGUGAAUAUACAGCAUCUCACUAGCUGUCCGCUGCAGCAUGAGCUUAAUCCAAUUUACGUUCCUACGGGCUUGGAUAACGUUGUAAGCGCUUUGGCGCAAGAUUUGGAUCCGCUGCAGCUGCACACAGGCAAGCCAGUUGGUCAGAUACAGUGGAAGACGCACGAGACGCAGCUGUCGGAACCGCAACAUGUGGGCUGUUUGGAUGGCAGUCUAUACCAGGCGGAUCAUAUUAUCUGUACGCUGCCGCUGGGCGUGCUCAAAAACUUUGCUACGGUGCUAUUUAAGCCAACGCUCCCUCUGCAAAAACUCCAAGCAAUUAGUAAUCUGGGCUUUGGAAAUCCCGUCAAGAUCUAUCUAAGCUACAAGCGACCUAUAGGCAAGUGGAUCAAGUCCAAUCUCCGUCCACUGGGAGCGCUACCAGGUCAAGCGGCACAGGCGGAUCGAAACUGGACUCAGCAAAUUGUGGAGAUCUCGCAGCUACCAAAGAGUCAACAUGUACUGGAGGUUCGUGUGGGCGGUGGCUACUAUGACGAGAUUGAAAAGCUGCCAGAUAUCUCACUGCUGGAGCAAUUCACACAGCUGAUGCGCCAAUGUCUAGGCAAUCCGCAGGUGCCCUAUCCACAGUCGGUUUUGCGCUCCAACUGGAGCAGCUCUGCCUGCUACCUAGGCGGACGUCCCUACUUCAGCACCCAGAGCAGCGCACGCGACGUACAAAGUCUAGGUGCUCCACUAGGUGACUCGGUACCUACGCUGCUCUUUGCCGGCGAUGCCACCGCGCUCCAGGGCUUUGGCACCAUUGAUGGUGCACGCUAUAGCGGCAUACGUGAGGCACAACGCAUCAUUGAUUAUUACCAUAAGCGCAGCAGUGCUUAGUGAGAAAAUUCUAGUUGGACUUCAG